AUGAAGCGGAAGAGUGACAGCAUGGCCGAGCCGACGACGCCGACGCUGACGCUGACGCCGGACGAAGCGAAGCUCUUCGCGUUCCUCUUGGACGUCGACGCGCAAAAGGGCGCGGGUCUCACGCUCCGCGUCGCCGGCGGCUGGGUCCGCGACAAGCUGCUUGGCCGCAGCAGCGACGACAUUGACAUUGUCCUCGACAAGAUGACGGGCGCCGCGUUUGCCGAGCUCGUCAACACGUACGAGGUGCAGCAUGGCCACGCGACGCACUCUGUCGGUAUCAUCAAGGCCAACCCGGAGCAAAGCAAGCAUCUCGAGACCGCAACGAUGCAGCUCGGCAGCGGCUGGAUCGACUUUGUCAACCUCCGCGCCGAAACGUACGCUGAGAACGAAGCACAUCGCAUACCGAGCAUGGAGUUUGGCACGCCGCUGCAGGACGCCGAACGACGCGACUUUACCAUCAACAGCCUCUUUUACAACCUCAACACGGGCAGCGUCGAAGACUACACGCUCAAGGGUCUGGCCGACCUCGCAGACGGUCUCGUGCGCACGCCACUCGAGCCUCGCGUGACGUUCCUCGACGACCCGCUCCGCAUUCUUCGGGCGGUUCGGUUUGCCUCGCGGUUCGAGUUUGCACUCGACGAGUCGCUCACGCGUGUGCUCGUGCUGCCCGAAGUCAAGGACGCUUUGCGUAAAAAGGUGUCACGCGAACGCGUCGGGAAGGAGCUCUCGGGCAUGCUCACGGGCACGUCGGCGCACCCGGACCGCGCGCUGAGCCUUCUCUUUGAGUUUGGACUGAUGGAUUGCGUGUUUACGCCGCCGUCAUCGCUGCUGAUGGGCGAUCACGAACCCGCGACGCUGCCGGCGGCCACGUGGGAGCAAUCGGUCGCCUGCGCCCUCGCCAUGCACGCGCUCUUGGCAGAUCGGGAUGCGCUCCGAAUUGAGACCGGCGCGAUGGACGAAGCGGCGUUGCACCGCUUCAAGCUCGAGAUGCUCUCGGCGACGCUGCUUCCGUUGGCGCCGUACUUUGUGCUGCAAAAGAAGAAGCCCGUGCUGGCGUCGCACUACAUCAUCAAGGACAGCCUCAAGCUGCGCGCCAAGGACGCCGAUGACGUGGCCAAUGUCAUCCUCAAGUCGGUCGAACCAUUUCGCUCCGUGGUGCUGGACCGUGUGGCGGUUGGCCUGCUCUUACGCCAGGUUGGCGACCUCUGGUCGAUUUGUGCCGACGUUGCCUACGUGUACGACACGGUGCUGGGUGGCACGUCGGUGGCGUCGGCGGCCGCCAAGUACGAUGCGCUGCGCGCCUUUGUGGCCGAUGCAUCGCUCGACCGCGUCUGGGACCUCAAGCCCAUCUUGAACGGGAAGGACUUGAUUGCGCGGCUUCAGUUGCCGCCGGGCCCCGCGGUGCGCGUCAUGCAAGAAAAGGCCAUCGCGUUCCAACUGGCGCACCCGUCGGCGUCGGCCGACGACUGCCUCGCGCACCUGCAGUCGCUCGCCUAG